AGCAAUACUAAUCUGCCAGAGCAACACUUUUUAUUAAUAAAAAAAAAAGAAUAAAAAAUGAAACAAGCAAUAUGUGUUUGGAAGUUGUUUGUUAUACACAUAGAUCAGAUUGUGUAUAUGGUAGAGUAGAUCAUGUAAAGUAAAUUUUGUAAAUGAAUGUGUAAAGUUUGUAUUGUUACGAGUAGAUAUCACUUGUUAGGAUUGAUAUUAAGAUUCAUGAGUAGUAUUAAGUGUUGUCAGUUUCAGGGUCGACAUUGAUCUGUCGAAAAUUUACGCUUGCUUGAAUGGAUUGUUGAAUAUGGAGGAAGAUCAUUCAAAUCUGUAUGCUGGAACUUCUCCAUACUCUAAUAGUUUUUAAGAUUGAUUCACUUUAGUUUUUUUUCACGGUAUAGAAGAAUCAAUAUAUAUAUAUAUGGUCUUGAACCAAUAAGAAAAAUCAUUCAUUCGAAGUGUCAAGUAAAAUGUUUGGUGCUCAAUCAGAGAACAAAACAUUGUUGUGCUUAUUGUUGACAUAUAAAGUCAAAAUCAUUAGUAUAAUAACAUUGGUAAUAAUGUCUCCCAUUGGUACCAUAAUAAGAGCGGCAAAAAAAAGAGAAUAAUGCUGUAUAAGAAGUGGAUAGUUCUGCUUGUUUGUGUUGACAAUUCAGUUUAUAGAGACGAGCGUUUGAUGACAUCAAUCGAACAGAUUGUCAUGGGUGAUGCAUGUUAGCAUCGUAUAACAAUAAGACUACGAUAUAAAAAAAACGCAAAGGAUAUAAGAUGGAAAUGAAAACAUAGAGAAAAGACAAGUGCAAUCGAUUGUGAAUCGUCUUUCAUAAACAAGGAAGUACGCUUAUAUUAGCAAAUAUAUAAAGUUCGAUUGUUAUACUUGCAUACGCAUACAUUCUUUUAUGAACAUGGAAAGUCUUAAAAUUAGAGCUUCUACAGUGCCUCAAGAAUCACAAUGUUCUGUGCAACCAACUGUCAAUUCAAACAGACGAUUAUCUUUUCAAACGACGGUAUGUUCAAAGCUCAUAAUCAUAUAUAUUACUAUUUUUUCAUAAUAAAGUAUUGACAAAAGCCUAUUUUCAAUAACAAAAAAGAGCUUUACUUAAAUACGAUUGAAAAAAUAUUCAUUUAUAUUUUUUAUAUUAUACUUACAUUGGUUUUAUACUAAUAUUUUUUGUAAUAUUUUAUAUAGGUUCUUCGUACACAACAAUUAAUGCGUGUUCUUAAAACAAUUAAUACUCCUAUUGAAACAAUGAGAGAUAGUCAUAUUAGCUCCAAUAUGACUGAAAGUACACAACAUCAAAGACGUGGUGCUAAAACAUUGGAAAAGGCACCAUCAGAAGAAAGUAGUGAAACAUCUAGUGUUACUCCUGUAUUAGGUCAACAAGGAAAUGCAACUGAAGCAGCAGCAAGUUCACGUCGACUUGGUCAACGAUUUAUUAUUCUUCAUUAUUCACCCUUUAAAGCUGUAUGGGAUUGGGUAGUUAUUCUACUUGUUUUAUAUACAGGUAUAAUAACACCAUAUACAAUAUCAUUUCUAUCUGUUGAAGAUCAAAAACGAACACAUUUAAAUGCAUUUGCAUCAACACGACAAUUUAAUCGAGAACGAACAAGUAUUCAUGUAUUAGUUAUUAUUGAUGUUCUCGUUGAUUUUAUGUUUAUAUUUGAUAUAUUAAUUAGUUUCCGUACAACAUUUGUAUUAAAAGAAACAAAUGAAGUUAUAACAAAUCCUAUAUUAAUUGCUAAACAUUUUGUUAUUGAUUCAUGGAGACGUUUCGGUGCCGAUAUACUUGGUGCAUUACCAUGGGAUAUUCUAUUUUUUGGAAAUGGAAGUCAUUCGACAAUGCGUUUAGCAAAUUGUUUUAAAUUAGCUCGACUCUUACGACUUGUUGCAUUUGUUCGAAAUUUUCAAAAAACAGAAUAUCGAUCAGCAGUUUUAUUUCUACUUAUGCUUCUAUUUGCUAUUGCUGCACAUUGGCUUGCUUGUAUAUUUCAUUUUAUUGCUAUUCUUGAACGACCUAAUCUACUAGUUAAAUAUUCAUGGCUUGAUCAUCUUGCAGACAAAUAUAAAAUGCCUUAUCUUGCAAAUGAUACACUGAGUGGACCAGAUACAAAAUCUAAAUAUGUAACAGCACUCUUUUUUGCUAUGACAUCAUUAACAUCAGUUGGUUUUGGUAAUGUUGCAGCGAAUACUAAUGGUGAAAAAUUAUUUUCUAUUCUUUCAAUGUUAGCUGGAUCUUUUUUAAGUGCCUCUAUUCUUGGAAGUGUAACAACGAUUAUCAUUAAAUUAUAUCAAGGUGCAGAAGAAUUGAAAGAAAUGAAACAAAGUGUUAAUGAUUUUAUCAAACAUCAUCGUAUUAGUAAGCCACUUGCUAAACAAAUGCAAGAAUCAUUUGAUCAUGAAUGGAAAAAUACAAAAGGAAUUGAUAUGAAUAGUAUAUUGAAAACAUUUCCAGAAACUAUUCAAGCUGAUAUAUGUUUACAUCUGAAUAGAGAUUUAUUAAAUAAUUGUCCAGUAUUUGAUGACGCAAGUGAAGUUACUCUUCGAACAUUAGCACUUCUUUUUAAAUCAACUCAUGUUCCACCAGGUGAUACACUCAUUCAUAAUGGUGAUGUUCUCUAUUCAGUUUAUUUUUUACGUGGUGGUCAAAUGGAAGUACUAUUAAAUAAUGAAUCACAAGCAAUACUUGGUCAAAAUGAUAUACUUGGAGAAAAUCCAUGUAAUACGGUUACACCAGGCAAAUCUCGAUGUGUUGUAAAAGGAUUAACGUAUUGCACAUUAAAUAAAAUUCAUCGGGAUGAUUUAUCACAUGUUUUUCAAUUAUUUCCUGAUUUUGCUAAAUCAUUUGCUGAUCGAUUUGAAGUUACAUUUGAUGUUCGAGAAUGUAAAUUAAAUGAAUCAAAACCAUUUUAUAAAUUAGAUGAGGAAAUUCAAGCACUUAUACGGCAACGUCGUCCGAAACUACAAACAGAAAACCGAUUUAGUAUGAUAAAUGAACGAGACGAAGCUAAUAAACUAACUGCAAUACGAUCUUAUCAUGGUGUUCGUAUGAGUAUAGAUUCUACUACACGACGACCAAUAAGCACUAUUGUUGAAUUAUCACCUGAUCAAGCAUAUACAUCUGGUGAAACUAAACUUUUAGAAUGUGAACAACGACGAAUGUCAUUGACACCUUUAGUUCAAGGAACAUUAACCAAUGUAUUUUCAACAAUUGUUGCUAUGUCUAAAAAAACUAAACUAAAUACAGUGACAGUUCCAGAAGAAAACGAAGACGAAGAACAUGAAGACGCAGAAAAAGAAGAUGCAGAAAAGUUACUAUUAACAAGUCAAAUAAAUUUCGUAGCACCUAAAACUAAUUUGUUGAAAAAAUAUCAAAUCAAUGGAGUACGAAGUAUGGCAGAUGUGGAUGCUGAAUUAGCUCAUCUUCAAAUACGUCUUGAUGGUUUCGAACGAUUACUAGAUGAUAAAAUGAAAGUAUUAUUUAAUUUUGCAAAUAAUAUCACACGAACAAAAUAA